UUUCCAAAAACCCUCACAAAACCCCAGCGGCGAUAGAAUCAAAACCCACAUAAUACAUUCAACAGAGGGGACUAGCAAGGAACGAAGGGGACUUCCAAUGGCGGCAAAGACCCAACAGAGCAACAAAUCUAAUAAAAGAAAGCAAAUUACAGGUCCUCACAGCAAGUCAGAUACCUCACCGUCCAAGAAGCCGAAGCUCCUUCAAUCCAAAUCCUCCAAUCCUGGAAACAAGGGCCUGAACAAGCCCUUCAAAUCGUUCAAACAACAGCGCCCCGUCAAAUCGCAUUCCGGAAAAUUAGAAACUGCUGGAGCAAAUGAGGGUCCAAAAUCGAAGAGAGAACGUCGGUUGCAUGCCAAGGAACUGACAGAGGCUAGGAAAAAGAAGAGAAAGAAGCAUUACACUCUUGAACAAGAGCUUGCAUCACUGUGGGAAAAGAUGAGGCGCCGUAAUAUUGCAAAAGAAGAUAGAUCUAGGUUGGUGAGUGAAGCUCUACAUAAGAUGAAAGGGAAAAUCCCUGAAAUAGCAGGAUCCCAUGUUUCUUCCCGUGUGCUGCAGACUUGUGUUAAGUACUGUACACAAGCUGAAAGGGAUGCUGUAUUUGAGGAGCUUCAACCACAGCUUCUCACCCUUGCAUGCAACACGUAUGCAGUGCAUCUGGUGAAGAAAAUGUUAGAUAAUGCCUCUAAGAAACAUCUGGCAGCAUUUAUGUCUUCCCUCCAUGGCCAUGUUGCUUCUCUUCUUCGUCAUAUGGUUGGAUCUGUUGUUGUUGAGCAUGCAUACCAGUUGGGAAAUGCAACUCAGAAACAAGAGCUUCUGAUGGAAUUGUAUGCCACAGAGCUUCAGUUGUUCAAGGACUUGGCCUCAGUAAAAGAGAGCAGGUUAAUAGAUGUAAUUUCUAAACUAGGACUGCAAAAAGGUUCUGUCUUACGACACAUGAGCUCUGUGAUUCAACCAAUUUUGGAGAAAGGAAUAGUUGACCACUCUAUCAUACACAGGGCAUUAAUGGAAUACUUAAGCAUUGCUGACAAGCAGUCAUCUGCUGCAGAAGUAAUCCAGCAGUUAUCAGGUGCACUCCUUGUUCGAAUGAUCCAUACCAGGGAUGGAUCCAGGAUUGGGUUGCUCUGCAUCAAACAUGGGAGUGCAAAGGAAAGAAAGAAAAUUAUCAAAGGAAUGAAAGGCCACAUAGACAAGAUAGCUCAUGAUCAAUAUGGGAGUAUGGUGCUUGCUUACAUUCUUUCAACUGUCGAUGACACAAAACUACUAACUAAGGUUAUUAUUCGUGAGCUUCAAGCAAUUUUGAAAGAGCUUCUUUUGGAUAAGAAUGGAAGACGAGUCUUAUUGCAGCUCCUUCAUCCAAAUUGUUCCCGCUAUUUCAGUCCAGAGGAUCUGGUUUCUUUCAAUUUGUCUAUUCCUUCUCUUAGUCCCAAGAGUGAGUCCAAGGUAAAUCCUGACUCUGUUAAGGAAGCAAAAUCUUCUAAGACCAAGGAAUCUGGUGAUGAGGAGACAAAGGGUGACCUAGAGGUAACUACAGCUGAGGCCAAUGAAAACACUAGCCCCAGUGAGAGCCAUCACAUAGCUGAAGGUGGAAAAAAGGAUCCAAAUCUAAGAAGACAAGAGUUGUUGGUUGAUAGUGGGCUUGCUGAGAAUCUCAUUGACACAUGUAUUGAGAGUGCAGGAGAAUUACUUAGAUCAAAUUUUGGCAAAGAAGUCAUGUAUGAGGUUGCAACCGGGGGUGCUGGUGGCAUUCUACGCCCAGCUUUGGAUGAAAAGUUAGAUGCACUACAUGGAGCUAUAGCAUCUCUUGCAGCACAGCCUAAAUCAGAAGAAUCAGAAGAGGAACAUGUCCUUGAAAAUUUUCACUCCAGCAGGACCAUUAGAAAACUGGUCUUGGACUGCCCUACUUUUGCUUCCACUCUGUGGAAGAUAGCUCUUGGAGGGAAGUGCGAAAUGUGGGCCCAGGGUCACAGUCAUAAGGUAGUUUUGGCAUUCUUAGAGGCCUCUGAUUCUGAGGUAUGUGAGCUGGCCAAGGGAGAGCUGCAGCCCUUGAUAGAUAGUGGCAUUCUCAAGAUCCCAGAGACCAAGCAGUAGGCAAAAUAAAGUUUCAAGGCACUGGUAGCCCCAAUGAAGAGAGGAAGUCUUACUCAAUGGAACAAGCAUUGCCGUGAUGGUGGAUCCUACUGGUUCUCACUUCCGUAGUAUUUCCAGUUACAUAGCCAUGUAAUGUUUUUCUUUUUGGCCUAAGAAACAAGUUAAUGUAGCGGCUUUCAUAAAAGACUAGACUGUGCCAGCAGUAUUCCGUUUUGGUUGAAUUGAGUUUGAAAGUAAAAGAAAAUUUUUGUAUCAAAGACAACUUGUUUUCCAUCAGAUGGGUCUGUACUAUAUCUGGCUUUCUACUUAUUC